AGGCGAAGCUGGGUCAAUGCCUUCAUGCUUCAUGCACUAUGCAAAAUGACUAAAAUGGCCCUGAGGUUGUUCCUUCAAAUAUAUUACCAAAAGAAGGGUCAUCUUAUCUUGAGCAGACAUGGAUCCUCGGAUUUGGCACAAAGUCGCAGCUAUUUCUGGUAUUGCUGCUCUUUGCCUUGGCACGUAUGGGGCCCAUGUCUACAAGCCCCAAAAUGUAGCUUACAAAGAGGUUUGGAACCGUGCAUCCAUCUACCAUUUGGUUCACACGGCCGCCUUGCUCGCAGCUCCUAUUGCCAAACACCCCAAUAUUUUUGGAGGCUUUUUAACAGCUGGGAUUCUUGCAUUUUCGGGGACGUGUUACACUGUAGCAGUUCUUGAGGAUAGGAAGUAUGCAUUCCUCGCGCCGUACGGAGGUUUUUCGUUCAUCGCCGCUUGGGCCAGCCUGCUUUUCUAAGCGGCAGUCGGGAUUCAAAGAAGGCUGCUCUGUAUGAUGUGUGGCAUUGUAGAAUUUUUAUAAUGAAUGGGAAUAUGUGAGUAGCCCUACAAUGCUUGGUAGCUUGUGUUUGUGGGGCCCAUCUGAUUUAUACAUGUAAUGUAUUUCUGACCGUCCAUCUAAAUGCAUUGUUCUUCAUCUCA